AUGCAGAAUGGAGCUCAAACACCGGCUGUGGUUGGUCGUGCUGGUCUUUGGCAAGCACCACCACUUGCGAGACCAGCAAGUUGUACAGAUCGCCUAGAGUCUGAUCUGGUUGCAAAACGAGCUGCACCUGAGUCUUCUCUUUUGAUCAAUGGUGUUUCCAGAGAUUUCUCAAACUCCUGCAAAACCUGGACAAUCGUGUUCUCUGUGCCAAACUCCUUCACUGAUUUCGAGGGCGAAGGUUGGACAAAACUGGAGUCUCCCUCUGGGGCAGAAAUUUGCAGCUUGAUCACAACCUUACCGCCCGAUCCCGAUUGGACCUUGGAAGUUGACUCAACAAGAUCUAAUUUACACCCCUGUGGCAAGUUGGACAGUCUCAAUGGCAAUGAUAAGUCUAGCACCUGGUUCUUGUGUUUGAGCACAAACCGACUUGACUCCAGCUUAAAAUACUCACAACUUUCAAUCAGCACAUCGUUCAAAAUCUUGGAUGGUACAGCUUUGCUCUUGAAGCUUCGAAAGUUGUAA